AUGGGAGGAAAUCUGUCAACCCCUUCAACAUUCAUCCUUCUGGGAUUUGGCAAUGACUUUGAACUGCGAAUCCUCCUCUUUGUCUUGUUCCUUGCCAUCUAUGCUUUGUCGCUUGUUGGGAACCUCUUAAUUGUUUUACUUGUUGCAGUUGACCAGCAUCUUCACAAACCCAUGUAUUUCUUCCUCAUGAACUUGUCGGGCUUGGAGACCUGCUACAUUUCAACCAUCCUGCCCAGGAUGCUGGUCAGUUUCCUUACUGGGGAUAGGUCCAUAUCUAUUAAGGGUUGCAUCACACAAUACUAUUUCUUUGGUUUCUUGGCAUGCACAGAAUGUUACCUUCUGGCAAUGAUGUCUUAUGAUCGGUAUUUGGCAAUAUGCAAACCUCUGCACUACCCAACUAUAAUGAGUGGUAGACUCUGCCUCCAGUUAGCAUUCACUUCUUGGAUGUGUGGCCUGGUGACCAACACUAUCAUAACUUCUUUUUUGGGUCAACUAACUUUCUGUGGACCCAAUGAAAUUGAUGAUUUCUUUUGUGAUGUUUAUCCAUUAGCAAACCUCUCAUGCAGCAAUACCCGCCUAGUAAAACUUGCAACUUUGAUUUUGGGGUUUAUGGGAAUAGGGUCCCCUUUUCUCCUAACUUUAGCUUCUUAUGUCUGCAUUAUUUGUACCAUCUUGCGAAUUAAAUCCAGAGCUGCCCAGCAGAAGGCCUUUGCCACCUGCUCUUCCCAUCUGAUUGUUGUGACACUUUUCUUCCUUUCGUUAUUCUUAGUUUAUGUGGUUCCAGAAACAGAAAAAUUAAAGGAAUUACAUAAAAUCUUCUCUUUCUUCUACACCAUCUUUACCCCCAUGUUAAAUCCUCUCAUUUACAGUUUGAGAAAUAGAGAGGUCAAGGAAGCUUUGUUCAAAUUUGUCAGAAUUUUUUUGUGA